GCUGGUGUGUGUGUGUGAGUGUGUGUGUGUGUGUGUGAGUGUGUGUGGAGGGUUUGAGGUUUGAGCAGAACGAAGAAAGGGCAGUUUCAAGGAAGUGACGGACGAGGCGCAGCGGACUGGUCAGAGGAAGUUUACUCGAUGCUGGUUCCGUGUGGCUGAACCAAACUUUUCUCCCCGGCAGCUCCAGCGGCAGCGGAGGCGGCACCGUGGACCGGGACUCACGGAUCCAGCGGCGGCAGCUCCAGCUCCAGCUCCAGCAGCAGCCGUGAGGAAUAACUUGACAUCGGGAUCGCAGAGGAAUUUUACUCCCGCAACCGACUCCCCCUCCUCCCCCCUUUCCCUUCUCCUUCUCUUCCCCGCGCCUCCUCCGGGUUUUUUUUUUUCUACUUCUCUCCGGGAUCCGCGAUGGGGAAGGAGCAGGAGCUCCUCGAAGCGGCGCGCACGGGGAACCUGGCCGCCGUGGAGAAGCUUUUAUCCGGGAAGCGACAGUCAGCGGGCAUCGGCGGCGGGUCGUCCGGCACCGGCGGAGGUGGCAACAGCGGCGGCCACGGAGCCUCCUCUCACACGCUCUCCAGUCUGCUCAGUAUCUGGAGAGGCUCCAAUGUGAAUUGUGUGGACAGCACUGGAUACACCCCCCUCCACCACGCUGCCCUGAAUGGACACAGCGAAGUGGUGGAGGCGCUGCUACGAAACGAGGCCUCGACUAACAUCGCCGACAACAAGGGCUGCUACCCGCUCCAUCUGGCAGCGUGGAAGGGGGACGAACAUAUUGUCAAGCUGCUCAUUCACCAAGGACCGUCAAACCCUAAGCUCAACGAGCAGAGCUCUCUAGACCAUAAAGAGUUCAAACGCUGUGGGCCCUUUGACCCCUAUAUUAAUGCCAAGAACAAUGACAACGAGACGCCGCUGCAUUGUGCUGCCCAGUACGGCCACUUCCAGGUGGUGCGGCUGUUGCUAGAGGAGUUGACGGAUCCCACCAUGAGGAACAACAAGUUCGAGACCCCACUGGACCUGGCGGCUCUCUAUGGGCGCUUGGAGGUGGUCAAGCUGCUGCUCUGUGCCCACCCCAACCUGCUCAGCUGUAACACCAAGAAACACACACCACUUCACCUGGCCUCUAGGAAUGGACACCUGUCUGUGGUGGAGGUGCUGCUGGACGCCGGCAUGGACAUCAACUAUGAGACGGAGAAAGGCAGCGCCCUCCAUGAAGCGGCCUUGUUUGGGAAGGCGGAUGUGGUGCAGAAACUUCUCAGUGCAGGUAUCGACGUGAACAUCGUUGACCAGAAGGGCCUGUCAGCGCUGGACACUGUCAAGGACAUGCCCUCCCAGAAGAGCAGACAAAUAGUUGCUCUAAUUUUAGGUCACAUGACUGGGAAACCCCCUGACAUUGACCUCCCCCCUCCACCGAUACCGCCGCCUCAGGAGAGUCCAAGCCCACGCAAAAAGGGUGAUCUGGAGAAGGUGAGUGAGUUGAUCUCGGGGCUGACCCUGGGGCCCGAGGAGGAGAGCCCAUACGAGGCUCUGUUUGAAGCCACCUCCUGUCACUCUCUGGACAGCCUCACCAGCGGCAAGUCCUCUGACAGAGACUCUGGACGGCCGGAUAGUGAAGCUGGCAAGAAAGAUCGUCAUGUCCACACAUCACAUCCUGGUCCUGGUCAUGAAGAGGAGGUGAGCUCAGAGGCGCUGUAUACUAACAGCAGCAUUGAUGAAAGAGGCGAGCCGGUGGAGGAGGAUCACACGUAUGAGUUGUUGCUGACUGCACAGACCAAAGUCCCACCGCCCAGCCAGGAGUACCACUCACACAAAGAUGAGAAUACCACUAUACAGUCUUCCAACAGUGUCCUACCUCAGCGUAAACCCACUGCCCCAACCGACCUCAGAGCCCCGAGCAAGACGAAAGACUCCCUGCACCCCCCUGGACGAGUCGGCCCACGGCUAUCAGGAGGGCCCAGACCUCAGUACACUCUGUAG